CCAAAUGGUCUGUAUCACUUUUCUUUUGGAUUGAUUUACUAUUUAGUCAUUGAGUUGGAGCAUCUUGGAUGGCUACAGGCAGGGUCAGUCACGAGCUUAGCAUCCCUGUUAAGAAUUAAGAAUAAUCCUGGAAAAAGUUGUAUUGUUUUUGUACUGAUAACUAUAUCUCUCAGCGGUGCUGUGCUCAACCACAGGUACUUGUGGAGAGGCUGAGAUCAUCGGAGGGAAGAAGGUGAAGGCUCAUUCUCUGCCCCACAUGGCUCUCCUGUAUAACAGCGAAGGAAAUCCUGUCUGCGGAGGUACCCUCCUCUCUUCCACAUGGGUGCUGUCCGCGGCCCACUGUAUCCAGUCUAUGAUAUGUACUGUGCGUCUUGGGGUGGACACCGUUCAUAACAGCAAGACGGAUGGAUUUGUUCAGGCCCGGAAGGUUGCAAGGCAAUACCAACAUCCUUGCUAUAACGCUGACACUAAUAUCCAUGAUCUCUGGCUGCUUAAGCUCAGCCAAGCGGUGGAAGAGACCACGGAAAUAAAGUAUUUGCCAUUGGAAAAUCCAAUCCCAGACCCCAAGGAAGGCACCAUAUGUAUGGUGGCUGGUUGGGGGUGGGUCAAAGUUGAUAUUAAAAAGAUGUCAGAUGAUCUGAUGUCCGCCGAUGUCACUGUUAUCAAAAGGGAAGCGUGCAACUCAACCAAAUAUAACAAUACCGGGUACACCAUCACUUCUGACAUGGUAUGUGCCGGAACUGUAGAAGAGAAUCAGGUCGUUCGGGAUACUUGUCAGGGAGACUCUGGAGGACCUCUGAUGUGCAACGGUGAGCAAGUAGGAAUCACUUCCUUUGGCAUCGGCUGUGCCGAUAGGACCAAACCAGGAGUGUAUGCUUUCCUUUCCAAACAACACAUUGACUGGAUAAAUGGGAAAAUGAAGAACGAGAGUUAUUCUGAGGAAUGUGCAAGUCAAUGAUGUCAAAAUGAUGUUCAAAUAAUGGUUUCGAUAUACGAGUUAAUGUUGAUUAUUGGAUGAAAUAUGUGCUAAGUAAAAUCAAUCAGGUAGUAAAAGUUAUGCUAUAGCAAUAUCUAUGUAUGUAUGUGUUAAUAUUUAAGGGUAAUUAUUCAUUUUUACUUGCUGUAAGGUUAACAUAGAUUGAUAAGGAGUUCUAAACUCAUAACAGCCAGGCCUUAGAAGGCCCAUCUGCUCUAGCAAUGUGUGGAAGGCUACUUCAAGACAAAGAGGGUGAGGUGACGUAUGGCGUACAAGGCCGAAUAACAACUUACAAGACCGAAUAACAACUUUUUACAAGGGAGGGUUCCAGUUGCAGAGCAGAUGGAAGGAGACCCAAAAGGAGGAGUAACCAGCAGUAUAGUGUGUUUGUGAUGUGUGGAGCUCAGAGCUGACGGGGAGGCCAUCAGGCAGCUGACUCUCACGGACGGAGGGACUGCCGCGCCCAAAACGUUUUGUCUCUGUUCUGCAGAACAUAUUGAUGUUUGUGUAAGCUUUGCAAUGACAUAGAAUAAAUUAUCUUAAAUUCUGUUCACAGUGUGCAGUAUCUGAAUCGUGUCUUUAGUGGCGUUCUUGGGAAUUGAAUGAACGAUAUUGAAUGCAAAAAUUAUACAAAAUUUAUGAUAAGAUUCCGGCACAACGAGUAAUGGGUGCCCCUGCACAAGUUCC